UCUUGCCACAGUCUCUUUCUGAACAGUCUGUUGGGUGAUUUAUUUUGGACAAAAACAAACAUGGGAGCUGUAAGUAGACACAAACUCACAAUGAGGUCUUUGGAACAGUUGAAGGGAAAACAAAAAAGAUUUUCUGCAGAGGAAGCCCUGAGCUCAUUUCCGUGCAACACUGAUAUUUAGCUCAGGAACUAGCAAUGUCCUGUGGAAUCACGCCUGCAUGUAACCCCUAACCUCAUUGGUGAAAUAUGUGUACAGCUGCAGGGAGGAAGUUUCAAAGAGUACAACUAAGCAUUUCCUGUCAAGGUGUGCUUACACUUCCUCUGCCUAGGGGGUGUGACUGUUUUGUAUUGAAUGGUUUGGUGGUCUAGUAUCCUGUGAUGAGUAAGACACUGUGGGACAUUGUAUUAGAUUGGGUUAGAUUACACCAAACCUUCAGUUGGCAUACAUUAACAGAGGUUUUUGUGCAAUGCUGGAUUGUCUUUUGCACAUUCCUGCAUAUGAUGCUGUCAGAAGCAUAUUGAUAAACGUGGCACUGCCUUAGAAGUGAUGUUGUAUUCAUAUAAUUCUGUUGCUUUCAUGUGGUUUUUGUGCAGACAGCAGGCUUUCAGUCUUAACAUUGGCAGACUGAAUGAUUGGCCUCCUUGGAGACCAGAAAUGCCCAGGAUCUUUGAAUAAGAUGAGCAGUGGUGCCAAGUAAGCAAGUCGCAUUGAAUUGUGACUUUUCUUGUGGUUAUUGCUACCACACUUGCGGCACUCUUCUCCUUCUUGAUAUGGGAAGUUGUGUUAGAUGAUCUCUCAAAGCCUCACAAAGUGAUACCCAUCUCUCUUGAACCCCUGCAUCUCUUGUGAAUGAAGAGUGCUCUGCAUCCUUCCUCGGGGCCACCAACAGAUGCAUCCUGCAGCUGCACGCUCCUUCCUGUCUGCGCUCAGACCCUUUUGUCAGAAGACGUUGCUACAUUCAAAGUUGGGACAUCGACUGAAUUUUAAUGGGGCAGCCCUGAAUGGAGCAAUACUGGCAGGCUGGGAGGAGGCUCCAGAUUCCAUGGUCCUGAUUCUUACUGUGCAAUCAGUGAAUUUAAAUAUUAGUACCUUUGACUUAUUUGACCAGUUGCUCAUGGCGAAGCUGGUAGUGUCAUAGAGAAACACACAAAGGUGAAUUGAGGAUCUCAUAUUGUUUUUUUUAUUUAUAUUGUUGUUGCCUGAGGAAAUCUGAGUUUGUCUUGUCAUUAUAUUUGCCUUGUGAGCAGUGUGACACUGCUCUGGCUGACAUGUGGGAUAAACAGCCUCUCUGAUGAGAUGCCUUGAUUGGAUCUCCAGGAGGAUGUUUAUGGCUGAGAGCUAUUUCUACUCAGGCCUCCGCCCCAGCUGCCUGCCCGCCAAACCAGGCCUGCCCAGACUGAAAUCAGUGCGGCUGACGAGCUGAGCUUGUAUCUGACAGGAACUUCCGUAUCAAAGUGCAUAUGCACCAUGGUCUCGCAGCAGAGGUGACAGACUGUUAAGCUGCUUGUGGAGCAUGGGUACAACUGCCAGUGCCGCACCACAACCUGUUUCCGUAGCGUCGCCCCUUGAGAGUGUCCAUGUCAACGGGAUGGCCAACAGCAGGCAGUCUCUUAGCAUGAGCCCCUUUCAGACAGUCAACAUCCACAACAACAAGGCCAAGUCCAUUAUCACCAACAAAGUCGCACCUGUCGUCAUCACGUAUAAUUGCAGACAAGAAUUUCAGAUUCACGAUGACAUCCUCAAGACCAACUACAAAGUGGGUCGGAUAUCGGACACAAUGCCCGAGCACUACCUGGUGCAGGGGGAGUACUUCAUGGUCCAGGAUGUAUACAGCAAGGCAGAUGUCCUGAAUACCACUGGCAGCUACGGAGCGCCCAACUUCCGUCAAGUUAAGGGGUCCUACCCGCUGUAUGGGAUGGGUCAGCCGAGCCUCAAUGGCUUCAAACAGGUUCUCCAGAGGCUUCAGGCACAAGGACACGAGGAGGUUAUAUUCUUCUGUGUAAGAGAGGAACCGGUGGUUUUCCUGCACAAGGAUGACGACUUUAUGCCGUACACCCCCAGGAGGAAGGAAAACCUACAUGAGAACCUUCAUGGCCUAGAAAAGGAGGAGAUGGUGGAGGGCCUGGAGCUCACUAUUAGGAAGGAGCUUCACGACUUUGCCAAACUCAAUGAGAACAUCUUCUACGUCUACAACGACAUUGAAUACUUUAAAGACGAGCCGCAAAAGAUCUCCAUCACGUGUGAGGAAGACAUCCAUGUGACCGAAGAGGUCUACAAGAGACCCAUGUUCACCAUGCCGACCUACAGGUACUUCAGAUUACCACUACCAAUGGAGGGAGCACCAUUGGAAGAAGACUUUGAUGCAUUUGUGAACAUACUCAGGGAGAGCACCAGCUUGUCUCUGAGCCACAGUGCGUCCCGGCGGCUGCCUGCUCUCCUCUUCAGCUGCCAGGUUGGCGUCGGCCGCACCAACCUAGCGAUGAUCCUGGGCACACUGGUCAUGAAUCGCCUGCGAGGUGAUUCACAACCGCAGCCUCAAGUUGAGGAGGCUGCAGCUUCGGAGCCCAAACCUUUGUUCCAGGUCAUCCAGACUCUGAUCAGCAAGCUGCCCAAUGGACAGGAAGUCAUGGAAGAGGUUGACCAGGCUAUCACCCUGUGUUCAGAAAUGCACAACAUAAAAGAAGCAAUAUAUGAGAACAAGAGUAAGCUGGAAGGGAUCGGAGAAGAUUAUCAAAUUCAGGGAAGCAGUACCAAAGACUACUUUCUCAACAGAACCAUGCAGAGCUUGGAGCGCUACUUCUAUUUGAUUGUAUUUAAUGCAUAUCUUCACGAACAGUAUCCUCUAGCCUUUGUGUCAAACUUCAGCCAAUGGAUGUGUUGCCACGCGUGGCUGUACAGGUUACUGGCCCGCAUGGACCUGUCAGAGCUGUCAGCCCCAGCCGAGCUAGUCACCAGAGGAGCUCGCGUCCUGGUUGCUGAUGAGUGCUUGGCUCCGGACGUGCUCAGCACAAUGAAGGAAAUGAAGGCGGUCAACUUCAGACGAGUGCCCAAGAUGCCGGUUUAUGGAGUGGCUCAGCCAACAUCAGAGGCUGCUGGAGCAGUUUUGGCCCAUCUGACGGACGAGAAGAGAAAGCACAGCCACGUGUUGUGGGUCAACUUGCAAGAGGAACUGGUGUUGGAAGGAAAUGGUCAGAUUUUAACACCGAGGGAGCCAUCAUGUCUGGACCAGCACAUUUCUAUCCCAUCGUCUGACCCACUGCUAAUAGAGAAACUGGAGACAUCUCUGAAGGAGGAGAUCCUGCAAUCCCAGAAGUGGCUCGAGGUGACGCUGGAGCAGGAGAAGCAGAUGAAGAUGUUUAAAAGCUGCCUGACAGUUCAGGAGAUCUUCAACCAGCACAUAAGCUCCCACCAGGGCCUUGUGUACAAGCGCAUCCCUCUGCCGGACUGCAGCGCGCCCAGAGAGGAGGAGUUUGAUAAGCUGCUGGAGGCCAUGAAGAGCGCCUUGGCUGAGGACUCCCACUCAGCCUUUGUUUUCAAUUGCUCUAACGGCAAAGGCAGGACCACGACCGGCAUGGUUAUUGCUGUUCUGACUCUUUGGCACUUCAAUGGUUUUCCAGAGUUUGCAGAUGAUGAGAUUGUGAGUGUUCCUGACGCCAAGUACACGAAAGGAGAAUUUGAGGUCGUCAUGCAGCUGGUGCGUCUGCUCCCCGAUGGCCACAAGAUGAAGAGGGAGGUGGACAUGGCCCUGGACUCUGUCAGCGAGACCAUGACCCCGAUGCACUACCAUCUGAGAGAGAUCAUCAUCUCCACGUACAGACAGAUCAAAGGUGGUAAGACUGACAAGGAGUGUCAGCAGCUGCUGCUGAAGAGCCUGCAGUACCUGGAGCGCUACAUUUACCUCAUCCUUUUCAACACAUACCUGCACCUAGAGAAGAAGAACUCCUGGCAGCGCUCCUUCACCCUCUGGAUGGAACAGGUGGCUGCCAGAGCCGGAGUUUAUGACAUCCUCAACCAACUGGGCUUCUCCGAGUUUGAAAACCCAAGGGACACGCCGCUGGCCAGGCUGCGCUGCCGCUGGCAACAGCAAAACAUUCAGUCACUUCCUUUCCGAGGGGAGUUCAUCUGAGAUAGGAUCACUGUGAACACACCAAGACAGUACUGUGCUUUUCAGAAUAAAAGACAUUUACAUUAAUUUUGUUAUGCCUUCUGUAUUUACCCCAGUAUCAUUCAUAUCUUCACUUUAUCUAUUGUUUAUGUUGCUGGUUUUUUCCCAUUUCCCUUGCAAUGUUAACUUUUUUGUUGGUGUUUCAAUGUUGAGCCUUAGCAAAAUGUUGCUCAUAUAUUAGAGGUUGAUAUUUGUGCCUUUGGCUUUUCGUAAUCUGUAGUAGAGCACAGAAUUUCCAUGUACUAAUUGUUAAGUUACUUUUUUUUGUUCAAUUUGUGGUUUGAAAAAAAACUUUGAGUUCUCACUUUUGAAGAUGAGACGACCUUUAAAAACUUCUGUUAGAACAUGACGAGAGUUAAAUGUUGUUAUGGAAGAGAGAACUAAAUUCCACUCUGUUGUAAGCCAACAAUUUUGGUUGUGUGUCACAACUGUUUGCUGUUGUGUGACCUGAUAUUUUUCUUGAGCCCUGUCCUUUUCUUCCCAACACAGCUGUCAUCUGUGUCUUAGCAUUUGUUCAACUCGAGGUUUUCAAUUUUUAAGAAAAUUCCCUGUGUACAUAUGAAAGCUGUUGUUAUUUAAAAGCUAAAGCGUCUUUUGAGUUUUCUAAAGCUUGUCGGAGCGGAUGUUUUUGAGAGGAAAUGCUGUUGGUCAGUUUAUUUUGCGACGUUAUAAUGGCAGUAAUCUCUUGUACCCGUUUCUCUUUACAUUCAUUUACAUGUGUCUCGUGAUACAGGUACAGAACAGUGCUGAGCAGUACAGCAUGUCAGGAUUUUUUAUGCUAGUUUGAUUUUACUUUAAAACUGUAAAUGUGUCUUUAUUUGUAAACGAAGGAGCCAUGUUGCUUAAAAAUUGCAAAUGUAUCCUUUUUUUUCUUAUAUUCCCUGAAAGUCCCGUGGAAUUGUAACAUCACUUCUGUGAUGUGAUUUGAAGAACCAGAGAUAUCAUGUUUUGUAUUCUACACAUUCUUCCUUCUCUAAACUGUCUACAUUCCCCACAAUGCAGCUCAACCGCUGACAGUUUGGUUGGAGAUUCGGGUGUGUUAUGCUAGCAGUGGCUGACGUAGCCUUGAUUUGCUAGCCUCAAGCAGGGAUGACGAAAGGGCUACAGAGGUCUGGUAAGCUCGCUUCUCUCCACAUUGCAACCCCCAGAUGUUUUGUUUUUUUUCCUUUUCACACUUGAAGUAUUCAGCAUCAGAUGCUGACUCAGGUGACAUCACUUGAGGCAGUUUACAUGCAUGAAGCCGACAGGAACCCCUGUCGGCUUCAUGCAGCUUUUCUCACAUAUUCAAACAGACUUUGGUGUGUAAAACUGGUGGACUUCCCCUUCACAGACAUAACAAUCAGAUUAUAAGUCUGUAAAUGUAUGACUGUUAGCAGUGAGCACUGGGAUGGGUUAAAACAAACACUUGCUAUCAGUUGAUGAAAGAUAAAUAUGUCCUUUAACAACUGUUGGUGGCAUCAAAAUUGUAUUGUUUAGUGUGCCUUCAUUUCUGGAAUAACAUUUUACUGUACAGUAUUUCCUUACAAGUCCUAACACUUCUUUUGUUUGAUUAUUUUGUUAAUCUUUAAUUUGCUAAUAUGUGUUUACUUGUAACUAAGUAAUUGGUAGCUCAAAGUGUUUUUGAAUCCUGCCCCAAAACCAGAAAGAUAAGCCAGAAAAAAAGAAAUCCUUCCUCCAGAUGCCUCGUUAUUUUUUCUUUUCUGUCAGUGUAUCUAUUGCUUAUAACUGAUUUAGAUUAACUGAACUAAAAGAUUGUGAUGAUUAAUAAUGAAAUUGAUUUUUUUAAUGUUUGAGAGAUUCCUCCAUCGCAACACCAUUUUCCUGUGACUCGAUAACACAAGCACAUACCCGUGCUGAGGUAUGUCUUCGGUAAUUUUUAUAUUUUUUUAACUCAUAAAACUGAGUGCAUCACCCUUUAUUCACUAUGUGUGCCACUUGUUUUCUUUUUGGGAGGCUAAAAUAAAUAAUUCACACACUUUGAA